AUGUCUUUAUCUGGCAACGACGCGCCAUCACGGUCAGCCGCCUUGGAGAAGAGCUUGUCGCCGCUCACUGCGGCGGCUGUCCCUUUGAAACGGGACGAUUCGGGCUCCUUGUCCAAUACAGAGUCCCCCACCAAUGUCACCACUGCUUCCCAUAAGGACCCUAUUCCGCCCGUUUCGGAGUCGGAAACAGACAUCGACGAGUCUAUUCCCGUCCCGUCGCGCCGCACUAAACGGUUCCACCGUCUCAUGCGCAAAAACUCAGACAUAGACUCCGACGACGACAGUGUCACCAGAAAACCUCUUCAAAAGAGGUCCUCGUCGCAUAGUUCACGCACCAGCGAGCGCAAAGUGUCGGGCAGAAACGGAAAGGACGUCACGGGUCGGUCGUUAUUGCAACGUCAUUGUGCCAAGGGCAACUUCGACGAGGUCAAGGAACUGCUCGAGUCGGGAGCAGACGUUAACGAGGCAGAUUUUGCCGGCAACACACCGUUGCACGAGGCCGCCCUUGAAGGGUACGUGGAGGUGGUGAACUUGUUGUUGGACCACGGAGCAGAUAUCAACGCCCAACUCGCACAUAUAGACAAAGAUACCCCGUUGAUCGACGCUGCUUCCAACCUCCACUACGAGGUUGUCAAGGUGCUGCUAGAUAGAGGAGCGAACCCGUGUUUGGUGAACUCGCACGGCGAUUCUGCUCUGGACGCAAUGGAGAGAGAUAGGGACCUGACAAACUUGGAAGGAGACGAGCUUGCCAAAUUCAAGAAGCUCAAAAAGCUGCUCGCUCAGUUUACACGUGACUACAAGCGACAGCACUCGAAAAGCCAGAGUUUGGGCCCGGGAACAGACUCGGAAAAGGAAGACUCGUCCAAGAGACCGUCGCAGAUGUUUUUCGAUCCGUUCUCGAGAGAAGGCCGGUCGGAGGUCUACCAAAAAGUGGCCGAGAACGAUGUCACUUUUGUGCUCAAUUACGUGUCGAAUCUCGCCGGUAGCAAGAUCUCGCCGGACCUGUUGUGUUUGGCUGCAAAACACGGCCACACAGACAUUGCCAGUUUGCUCAUUGCGUUUGGAGCCAAGGUGAAUUACGUCGACAAGGCUGGCAUGACUCCGCUGAUGCAUUCUGUUGGCAAAGACCAUAUCGACAUGGUGAAGCUGCUGUUGGAGAACAAGGCCGAUGCCUCGUUGAAGGAUAAACGCGGACGCACGGCCAUGGAUAUUCUGAUGCAGAGCUACGUCCCUGACGAGGAGGAGAUCAAGCUGCUACGUGAGGUUUCUCCCAAGAGCGUCAAACGGGCUGGAGACGAGGACAGAAAGCGGUCUGAGGUGAAGAAGCCCAAGAAAAAACCCGUUGAGGACGAGGUGUCUUCGCGGUCGGCGUCGCAGACGCCAGUGGAGACGCGUGUGUCGACUCCUGUGCGGGAGGCCCCGAAGGAAGAGGAGAAGGUUGUGGUGCCGACUGCUGAGGAGCUAGAGGCGCGGCAGAAGCUUGAGGAGGAGGAGCGCAGGGCGCGCGAGGCUCUGGAACAGCAGCGACUCGAGCGCAAGAAGGCGCGGCAGCAGCAGAUCGCGCGCACGAUUGCAGAGCAGGAGCGCAAGCGCGAGGAGGAGCUGCGUGCUGAGGCCGUGCAAGAGGAGCAACGGAAACAGAAGGAGCAGCAGCAGCGUGCCAAACAGGCACAGGAGGCCGAGCAGCAGGCCAAGCAGGUGUUGGAGCGGCAGGACGUGGAGCGCAAGAGGUACAUCCGCAGCUACUAUCCGUACGGGUUGCAAAUUGCCAACUUUGAGAAUCCACGCUCCGAGACGGAGACCGCGCAGUAUCUGCCUGUUUACACGUUCACGAUUGACGGGGAGGAGUACCUGGUUGACCUGCAAGCGAUCUUAUUGCUGGGGACGGAGAAUUUCUACGGAGAAAACAGCACGCUAACCAAACGGCCGCUAACGACGGCAGAAAAGGCGCGUGUGUGGACGUUUUUGUGGCCAAUGAUUGGUGCGUUCUUGAAACGCAACCAGACGGACUUUCACGAGCUCAGACGGCUGUACGAGCACGAACAGCACAAUUUCCAGGAACUUGUGCUAAAUUGGAUCAAAGUGGCCGAUUUCGAGCAGGUUUUGCAAAACGACAAGUACGCGCAAGCAAAGGCCGUCUACAAGCCAGAGUCCCGGUGCAAGGUUGCCGCUGUGAAGACAGACAGACCGACAGAAGAGCUGAAAAAACCAGCACCUUUGACCAAUGCUACAGGUCGACCUGUCCCGUUGCGUUUUGGAACACGAGCACGAGCCGUUCUACAAACGUUCGACAGAAAACUGUGGUAA